GAUUUAGCGUUGGCUAUUCAGUUUGUGAAUUGCAGUCGGUGAAUGUGAACGGUGUGUGUGGUGCGCGCAACUUAGUCUCAAUUCAACAAUUUUUAUUUUUUCCCAAGAAAUACAAAACGAAACAACAACAACAACACAAAUCUCAAUCAAAUCAGCUGAAUUGACCGAAACAUAAACUUUCGACACACAUAUCACAAAUCGUCAGCAUUAAUUACGCAGUUAACGAGAAACAAAAGCUUAAUCCGAUUGGAGCGCGCGUAUUUCUUCAUACACACAAAAGUAAACAUAUAAGCCUGAAUAUAGAAUCAUGAAGUCAACUUUUGCAAUGGUCCUCUUAUUGGCAAUCGUAUGCAUGGUUAUGGCCGACACAAAAUAUGCACCAAAAUACGAUAACGUCAACAUCGAUUCAGUUCUCGGUAAUGAUCGUGUACUAACCAACUAUAUCAAAUGCUUGUUGGACAAAGGGGCCUGCACUCGUGAAGGUCGUGAACUGAAAAAACUUUUACCUGACGCCAUUCAAUCCGAUUGCUCAAAAUGCAGCGCAGCACAGAAACGUAACUCGAAGAAAGUCAUCAAUUUCUUGAGAACAAGACGACCACAAGACUGGAAAUCACUUAUCGACAAAUACGAUCCACAGGGAUUGUUCAAACAACGCCUUGAUGCCGGCCUAGUUUAAGCGCUAAAUUAAGUCUUUCGGCAGUAUUUCUGUUGUCCUCUCACUCCAAUCUCUAUCUCUCUCUCUCUCUCUCUUUUUUUUUUAAUUAAUCGCUACUCUUCGGAAUCAGCUGAUAAUGAUGAUAGUUUGACAAUGGAGUUUCAUAAAUACAUGCCAAAAUCAAAAAUUUGUUUCUCGUUUAGAAUAGCUCGCGUCGGAAACUCCUCGCCCAAAUCGUCCAGCUGAAUUUGGAUGUAGAAUGCAAAGAUGGUUAAUGUAUAGUGGUAAUAGCAAUUUAUAUUUUCUUGUUUCCGUUUAACCAGAGAAUAUUUUAGACUUUGUUUUGUCACAAUAUUUGAAGAACAACAAGAAGAAAAAAACAAUAAUGAAAUACUCAACUUUUCGAACACGUUUUAUCCCAUUCCCGAAAUUCCAUAGAUUUUUCUUUUUUCUUUAUCAAAUGCAUUUUUCUUGCUUCUAUGUCCAGUCCAUUCAUUCCUAUUUCGGUUUGCGAUGCAACAUUGUGUUACUAUAUUUAAUUUUCGACAAUUCUGAUUUGAAGUUACCUGUUUAGGAAUUGAGUUUAUUGUACAACCUUUCUAUCCCCUCCCUCCCUUUCUCCAAUUCUAUGACGGUAUCAAUUGGUAAAAGCCAAAUAAAUUGUGUAGAAAAACAAACACGAAGAAAACACAGAAAAAACUGCAGUUUCA